AGCACCAGGGGGCGCUGUGGGACUGGCUAUUCGGGCGAGGCAGGCGCACGUGGCGGGGUCCCACCGCAGAGAUGGCCGAAGCGAAGGGCUACCUCUCUCUUUGCAGGGCGGAGUUGUGCCUGGAAUUCCUGCACGCCAACUCCACAACCCAUGACUUCCUCUUUGGAGCCAUUGCAGAACUUAUUGACAAUUCCCGAGAUGCUGGUGCAACCAGAUUGGAUAUACUUACUGUGGAUAAUGAUAAUCUGCAAGGAGGAUUCAUGUUGUGCUUUUUGGAUGAUGGAUGUGGCAUGACUCCAUGGGAAGCUACAGAUCUUAUUUAUUUUGGGAGAUCUUCAAAGCGGUUCAACCCUACAAUGAUUGGACACUAUGGCAAUGGCCUUAAAUCAGGCUCUAUGCGUUUAGGGAAAGACUUCAUAUUAUUCACCAAGAAAGAGAAUACAAUGACGUGCCUUCUUUUCUCUCAGACUUUCUGUGAAAUGGAAAGUCUCAAUGAGGUUAUCGUCCCAAUUCCUUCAUGGUCAAGUCAAACAAGAAACCCAAUGGCAGAUGAUGCUGAGAAAUUUGCCACACAGUUAUCAAUAAUUUACAAAUACUCACCUUUUAAGAAUGAAGCUGAACUGAUGAAGCAGUUUGAUGCAAUUUAUGGGGAAACAGGGACUUUGCUGGUGAUAUAUAAUUUGAAGCUCACAAUCACUGGAGAGACAGAACUUGACAUUCAAACAGAUGAGGAGGAUGUGCUGAUCACUGGAGCCACUGAGAACCUUCCGGAACAGUGGUCUCUGAGAGCUUAUACAGCUAUAUUGUACUUUGACCCACGGAUGAGGAUAUUUAUUCAAGCCAAGAAAGUAGAAACCAAGCGCUUGCCUUACUGCUUUUACAGACCCAGGAUGUAUCCAUAUAUGUCAUCUACCUUCAAGCAAGUUUCUGUAGAUGAAUUAGAGAAGACAAAAAUGGAAGUAAAGGCUGCUGAAGAGGCUGUGAAGGAAGCGAAGUGCACUCUAAAAUAUUCACAAGAUUCUCUCUUCCAAGAAGACAGUGAGCUCAAAUUACAGCAUGCCCAAGCGAAUGAAAAGAGAAUGAGAGAGAAACUGGAAGACAAACUAAGAAACUUGAAAAGACCAAAAAAACUGUAUUUAAUAUUUGGAAUCAACAUUCAAAACAGAAGUCAAGAUGGCAUGCUUAUCUACAGCAAUAAUCGUUUGAUCAGGUUGUUUGAGAAAGUGGGACCCCAGAAAGAUGUAGAAUCAUAUUUUGGAGCUGGAGCAGUGGGGAUUGUAGAUGUGCCCUUAGACGUGAUGGAGCCAACACACAACAAGCAGGCCUUUGCAAAUGUUAAAGAAUACAACCAUUUGCUGAAAGCCAUGGGAAACUGUCUUGUUCAAUACUGGAAAGACAUGGGAAUAAGUCAAAAAGGAGAGAGCUUGUUCUGGACUGACUUUGGAUAUCUGAGUGACAACUGGUGUGAAAGGCCUUCUAACAUAAUUCAAUACAAAAGAAGACGGGCAGUGGAAAUUCCUGAAAUUGUUCAGUGUGAUAUUUGCCUUAAAUGGAGACUUCUUUCCCAUGACACUGAUACCAAUUAUGAAGGACAUCAUGACAUCUGGAAUUGUGCAAACAGUCCUAACCCACUUGAGAAAACGUGUGAUGUGCCAGAACAUUUGCCCUCCAUCCCUAUGGGAACUUUCAAUCCAACUCAGUCAUUGGAUGAUAAGCAACAGCUACUCGUAGAGUCCAUUCAGGAACGUAAAAGGAAGAUGGAGAGACUCCAGUCUCAGAAACUUCAUUUGAUACAGCCACAUACAUUUGUCCACUGUCCUUCUUCUGCCAAAAGUUCAAAGGAUAAGAUAGUGUACCGGAAGAAAACUUCAAAUAAAGAUUCAUCUCCAGCCUGCAGACAUUUGAUUAAAAGUAGAACAAAAGCAGAGCACAGCCAACACAAGACCCAUCAAAGAUCGUCACCUGCAAAGCAAAAGACUCCCUCUGAAAGGAGACAGCAGCCUUGUCAAAAAGAAAAACGUUUCCUUUCAGUGCUGGAAGAUACAGAGGAUUACAGUUUGCCAAAAGUGGUACCUUCCGAAAUACAGGAUGAACAGUUUUAUCACGAAGUGCCUGAGGUCAUCAAAACUGAAACAGAUAGUGAUCCAGAAAUCAUUUCUAUUAUAAUAUCUGACAGUGAAGCUGAAGAUUUGCCAAAGAAUGAAGACGGUAACGAUUUUUCUUUCAUGCAAAAGGAAGAACAGGAGCAAUCUGAUGAAAAGGAAGACUAUCUUCUUAGCUCAGCAAGUUGCUCAUAUUUUGAGAAAACAUUUGCUAAAAGAGACUUGGAAAGUUGGUCAAUCGGGGCUUCCCAUGGCAAUAAAGAGCACGUUCCAGAUGCUGUGCAGGAGUCUGAUGCCGGCACCUCAAAUACACAGAAAGAUUCCAAGAGCAUUCCUACAAUGGAAAUGAUAGGAACACUAACUUCUCACAUCAAAGAGAUUCUCCUGUAUUUCCUUCCAGAAAGUAUUAAUUCAAAAGAACGUAUUAUAUCCAUGAGUUCUGAAGAUAUUAUGUAUAUGUUCAAGCUGAAAACACCUUUGGAGAAGAACAAGACUGUUAAUCUCUACAUCGAUGAGUAUCUUCUGCAAUAUGAACAGCAACUUUUAAAAAAGAUCCAGGGUGUAAAGCAACACGGCUUGGAAGCUCUACAUGCCACUGAAAGAGAGAUUAGUCUGUGUGAAGUACAGAUAAAGGCCGAAGAAGACAAACUUGAGGCUCUUCGGAGAAAAGUAGCCCAAUUGCUAUUCAAAAUUUAUCCCCAUCAUAUUAUAAAUAAGCUGGAAGACAUUGAUAGUUUCCUGGAAAAGAUUUUGAACUCUGAAAAUCUGUGUGCUUUUGACUCUGAAAAUGCCAAUACCACUGAAACAAAUACAGCUGUCUUGCCACUGCCAGAUGAAAAUACUGAGAAAACUUCUAACAGUCCAUAAUGUAUACAUAAAUAAGUAGCAACAAAUCACCCACCCUGAAAAAUCCUGCAAAAAUCUUACAUGUUACAGGGUGCUUGUAGAAGGAAGAAUAUAGAUAAUUUUUAUUCCCACAUACAUUUUGCUUUGUGUAUAUCAUAAUUUACAGAUUCAAGAACCAUUUAACCUAUAUUAUUGCCUUGCAAAUAUCCUUGAAUUUCACUGCAGUCCAUUGAAGUGUAUGGAUGUGUGGAACCAACACACAUCCAUACACUUUUCUGGAAUUACAAAGAUGUUGAAAUUAAGACUUGAAAAAAGUUGUAUCUGUUUCUUUGGGAAAAGAAUAACCUUAUUUGUCAUAAUGUGCUAAGUUCUAGCAAUACAAACAGUAGAUUUUUCCCUAAAGGGGAAAUUGAAGUUUUUCAUUUUGAGUUACUGUUGAUACAGAUUACCUUGCAUAAUAAAGGUAAAUGUGUUUGCUUGAUUUGCCAAA